CUAACCUCAGGUUAAAAACCUCAGCACCACGUGCUGCUGGCAAACCUGCCUGUGCCAGACAGCCCAGAGCCAGAGACCUCACUCGCGGGAGCCAGCAUGUCUGCUGUGGUCCUGGAGAGAGGAGGCUUGACCAGGAAACUCUCCGACUUCGGCCAGGAAACAAGCUAUAUUGAAGACAGCUCCAGUCAAAGCGGCGCCGUAUCACUGAUUUUCUCACUCAAAGAAAAAGUUGGUGCACUGGCCAAGGUCUUGCGCUUAUUUGAGGAGAAUGAUAUAAAUCUGACCCACAUUGAGUCAAGACCUUCACGUUUAAAGAAAGAUGAGUAUGAAUUCUUCACCAACCUGGACAAAGGCAGCAUGCCCGCUCUGGGCAGCAUCAUCAAGAUCUUGAAACACGAGAUCGGUGCCACGGUGCACGAACUUUCCCGAGACAAGAAGAAAGACACAGUGCCCUGGUUCCCGAGAACCAUCCAGGACCUGGACCGAUUUGCCAACCAGAUUCUCAGCUACGGGGCGGAACUGGACGCAGACCACCCGGGUUUUAAAGAUCCUGUGUACCGCGCAAGACGGAAGCAAUUCGCUGACAUAGCCUACAACUACCGACAUGGGCAGCCCAUCCCGCGAGUGGAGUACACAGAGGAGGAAAAGAAAACAUGGGGGACGGUGUUCAAGACCCUGAAGACCUUGUACAAAACCCACGCUUGCUACGAGCACAAUCACAUCUUCCCACUGCUGGAGAAGUACUGCGGCUUCCGUGAAGACAACAUUCCCCAGCUGGAAGAGGUUUCCCAGUUCCUGCAGUCUUGCACUGGCUUCCGCCUCCGACCUGUGGCUGGCCUGCUUUCCUCUCGAGAUUUCCUGGGUGGCCUGGCCUUCCGAGUCUUCCACUGUACUCAGUACAUCAGACAUGGGUCCAAACCCAUGUAUACACCUGAACCUGACAUCUGCCAUGAGCUGUUGGGACACGUGCCCUUGUUUUCAGAUCGCAACUUUGCCCAGUUUUCCCAGGAGAUUGGCCUCGCCUCUUUGGGUGCACCUGAUGAGUAUAUUGAGAAACUCGCCACAAUUUACUGGUUUACUGUGGAGUUUGGGCUCUGCAAAGAGGGAAACUCCAUAAAGGCAUAUGGUGCUGGGCUCCUGUCAUCCUUUGGUGAAUUACAGUAUUGCUUGUCUGACAAGCCAACGCUCCUCCCUCUGGACCUGGAGAAGACAGCUAUCCAGAAGUACACGGUCACAGAGUUCCAGCCCUUGUAUUAUGUGGCUGAAAGUUUUAAUGAUGCCAAGGAGAAAGUAAGGAGCUUCGCUGCUACAAUCCCGAGGCCCUUCUCUGUUCAUUACGACCCAUACACCCAAAGGAUUGAGGUCUUGGACAACACCCAGCAACUUAAGAUUUUGGCUGACACCAUCAACAGUGAAGUUGGAAUCCUUUGCAGUGCCCUCCAGAAAAUAAAGUGAAGCCAUAGACAGAACCGGGUCUGUCAACUGAGAACCUGUUGAUGGAAAUCCAACUACUUCUUUUAUCUGAAAAAGUCUGAAAAUCAAACCUUAAUUUGAAAUGGCAGCUUUAAGUCAUUUUUUGAACAAGAUGAGGAUUAACAAAUAAGUCUAAAUAAUCUGAAAUGACAGUAUAUUAAUACAUACCCAAAAGCAUAAUGAUGGAUCUUUUGGGGUUAUCUUUGACUUAGAGAUAGAUGAUAAUCACAUACUCUCAAUUUAGUUAAACUUAAUAAUCUCUCACACUUUAUCAAAGUUAAUUAGAAUUUGUGACCUGCUUCUUCCAAGCUUCAUAUUUACCAUGGGAAAUUCCUAAAGGAGUAGAUAUCACUCGGUGAUUGAACUUUUGGAUUUAAUAUAAAUCUUAGCCCACAAAGGUCCUUUUCUAUUUCAGUAAACUGUGAUUCUAAUAACUGACUUGUUAUGCUAUGUUACCUACAAAGAUUUUUAAUUCAGGACCCUAUUAAAUAGUUAGAAGCAUUAAAGUUCAUAGUAUAAUAGCAACAUAUUUCUGUGUUUUAUUGUAACCAUAAAUACUGCUGUGGGAGGUAAUAGAAGUCCCACCUGACUCCCACCACUUGCACAAUCAUUUUCCAGUAAUUGUAAAAUUUGCUUUGAGAGACAUUUUGAAGACACUUAAGAUAAAACAGAUGUUAACUAAAAGCCUGGCUGGUAGGUAUUCAAUAAAUAUUCGUUGAAUGACUAAGGGAAUAUGUUACUGAAUAGCAAAUGAGAGUUUUUAAUUACGUUUAAAAACUUAAGUGGUUAUAAAAUUUUGCACUUCCAAAUAUUUCUUGGAAUAAAGUAUUUCUCUCAUUGCCUUA